AUGGAAGAUUACUUAAAACACUUAGAACCUCGAGUUACAAGGGAGGAAAAUGACAAACUGCUCAGACCUUUUAGCAAGGAGGAGUUUGAAGAAGCCAUUAAAAGCAUGGCACCUCUAACGUCACCAGGCCCUGAUGGUUUUGGAGCUUGCUUCUACCAAAACCAUUGGGUUACAAUUGGAGAUGAUGUGUGUGCAGCUGUUCUUGACCAUCUCAAUGGUAUAAUUCCUUUCCAACCUGUCAAUUUUACUUUUAUUGCUCUAAUUCCUAAGAAGAAGGACCUAAAAGUUGUAACUGAAAUUAUCACUGACAAUAUAAUGAUUGCCUACGAGGUUUUGCAUACCAUGAAGGUGGGGAGGAAGGUUAAGAAAGGAAGCAUGGCCAUUAAGCUUGACAUGUCAAAAGCUUAUGAUACGAUAGAGUGGCCUUUUGUGAAAGCAGUAAUGAAAAAACUUGGCUUCUGUGAUGCUUGGAUAGAGCUAGUCAUGAGCUAUUUGGGUGGGAAUACUAAAGGGGUUACUGUGGUGAGAGGAGGAAGUAGAGUAAAUCAUCAGCUGUUUGCAGAUGACUGCAUUUUAUUUGAGAGGGCUUGUGUGGAGGAAUGGAAGAGGAAUCUUAUUCUAAGAGAAUGGGGGUCUUUGGUCCAAGGCAGUUAUGAAAAAUACCUUGGUUUACCAACCAUGGUUGGUAAAUCAAAGUAUAACACUUUUAGAGGUCUCAAGGAGAGGGUGUGGCAGAAGAUCAACAGCUGGAAGAAUUGUUUUCUAUUAGGGGCAGGGAAGGAGGUGUUGAUCAAGACAGUUCUUCAAGCAAUUCUCUCUUACACAAUGAAUGUGUUUAAGCUUCCCAAAAAGCUUUGCAAGGAGAUUAAUAUUAUGCUGUCCAAAUUAUGGUGGGGUAAUGGGAUACAUUGGAUGAGCUGGGAAAAAAUGGGGAUAGCUAAGGGCAUGGGAGGUUUGGGGUUUAGAGAUUUGGCUAGUUUCAAUUUAGCACUCCUUGCUAAACAGGAUUGGACUGAAGGCCUUAUCGGGUCUAUUUUUAAUAAAGAAGAAGCUGCUCAUAUUUGUAGUAUCCCUUUGAGCACUAGGGGUGUAGAGGACAAAUUGAUAUGGGGUCCGUCGGGAAAAGGUGUCUUCUCAGUCAAAAGUGCAUACUUUCUAGAAGAAAAUAGAAAGAAGGCUGUGGUGGGUGAGUCUUCAAGGGAGGGUGAGAUGGAUAGUAGGUGGAAGUCCAUAUGGGAAUUGAAAGUUCCUGGUAAGGUGAAGCUUUUUUUGUGGAAGACAGGAAACAACCUUCUUGCUACUAGAGGAAAGCUAUUUACAAAAAAAGUUAUUGAGAACCCCUUUAUGCCCCCAUCUGUUUGA